AUGAUAGUGAAAUUAAUCUUCUUAAUGUUUAUGGUGGCUUUAAUGGCAGCGGGUUUCCCGCUGGAUUCGCCGCAGUUGCUGACCUACAGCUCAACGAGGAGUGACAAUGGUUAUCAAUUCAGCUAUUCAACGGACGACCAAUCUCGCGAUGAACAUGCUGUUGUUCUUCUGCAGAAGGACGGAGACAAAGAACUGGAAAUCUUCGACGUUACAGGAUCUUAUUCGUUCAUUGGAGACGACAAUCGCAGAUACACUGUGAAUUAUGUGGCCGGAGUCGAUGGCUAUAGAGCCAACAUGACAAUUUCUGAUCUCCCUGCGGCUGGUCCGCCUCCAAUACUCCAAAUAGAUCCCAAUGCACUGAAAUCCCUCGUUGGAUAA